CGCGUGACGUCGCGAGGGACCAGGAAGUUGCCGCUCCGCCCGUGCACUUAAAUCCGAGGCCAAGCCGCUUGAGCUGCUAUACCGCUCUUGUUUUCAGAAGCGACCUGCCCACAACAACAACAAGGUGAGGCUCGUCAACAACGUGGCGGUGUUUACUCUAGAUGCGUGGCGGCGUUCACUCUGGACUCGUGGCGGUGUUCAGUCUAGUAGCAGUGGUUCUUAACCUUGUUGGAGGGGCUAUGAUUUUUUCAAAUUCAAAACGUAGGUAUAUGGUUUACUGGUGCACAAAAUUAACCGUGCAUCAACAUCACUGUUCAAAGAACAAAACCAGCAAAACAUGAUUUUCACACAAAAACAAAACAUAAUAAUGAAUACUUACUGCAAAUCAGUGUGACUUCUGCUGUUGCCUUUCAGAGACCACUAUGGAAACCUCAUUUGCCAGUAAAAAUAUAAUUGGUUCUUUACCCUUCUAUCUGUCAACAAAACUGACACCUUUUUACAAGGAGUCAUGUUUGCAUAGACCGCAAUACCUGCAGUCAUAAUACAAACAAAAGAACAUAACUCUGAUAAUGUGCACUGUCCUUGAAGUUGAUUGGUCCACACCCGAGACAGCUUUCCUUAGAGCCUAGUCUCACAUGGGUUGGACCAGAUGACGCCAAAAGGCGCACAACUCAAAGACAAUGCACCAUCAGAGUAUGAGAGCUCGGGGCAAGCAUCUACACCAGGGGUCGGCAACCAAAAUAACAAGGAGAGCCAUUUCUUUCCAAUUCGGUACAAAAUUCAGUAUUUCAAGAGCCGCAAUGCAUCUGAGUACAUACUGUACAUACGUACAUAUCGUCAAGAAGCAGCCCGUAAAGAGCCGCAUGCGGCUCCGGAGCCGUAGGUUGCCGACCCCUGAUCUACACUAUGGAAACCUCAUUUGCCAGUAAAAAUAUGAUAAUUGGUUCUUCAAGGACAGUGCACUUCAAGGACAGUGCACAAGAAUUGCACGAAGAUUGCAAGCUUCCCUAUAUGUUUGACAGACAACUCGUUCUACUGUGGAUAGGUCUUGGAAAGAUUUGUGCCCUUUGGCAACAUGGAGAAGCAUUGGGAAAAAAGUAGCACUGCUGAUUGUUGGGAUGAACUGUGCAGACUCGUCCUAAGGAAUCCGAUUCACCGUCGGCAGCACUUCGCUUCCAUUUUUUUAGCAAUCCAUGUAUAUGUAGUGUUGUACAAACGGACUCUUCAACGUCUUUUGUAGCACACACUUUUAUUCGUUUUAUGAACACAGUCCCUAUGCACUGAGGGGUAUACGGUCCCCUCACCCGUUACACUCAGAACGUACAAGCCUCCGCACCCUACAGGCUACUUAAUAUCCCGCUCCUUCAAUGUCCUCUGACUGGACCUAGGGAGAUGUCUCGCCGACCACUGGUUACUCUGAACCCUAGCCCUUAUAAGGGCUGGAGGGCUUGGUCCAGGGUCCUAUGCUUCUUCCGCCGUCUUGGGUCUUCGUGUCGUUGAACUCCCCGAGAGCUCUGAGCGCUCUGGCUUUAUACUUGUUCGUGGCCGGGUUGUCCAAUCCCCGGCCACCUUGUGGAACCCUGUUAUUGGUCGUUCCCAAUCUGCUUUAGGAUCCCAAUUCACCCUAUCUGACCCUGACCGUUAGUUUGAGCGGGAAAACCUUGUCAACGAUUAGCUCUCCCAGUUUGUGAACAUCGAGUGGGUAACUCUACUACAUAUAGUAGGAGGGAACUUAAUGGUAGAGCAGGUUGGCAGCAAAUGGGUCACUUGGGCACAAAACCAAGAACGCCAUCAGGGUGGUAUCUUGUGGAGCCAGGGCCUGUUGUUGGGCAUUUCCUUUGACGUAGAUGCGUUGACCAUUUUGGAGGUGAAGUGCCAAAUGGACGACUGUGGUGGGACGGUCAUGGAUGGGGAAGCCAAGAAUUCAGCAAAUGGCCUCAUUGUUGCUGAUUUAUCUCGCUUGUAAAAAAAGUUUUGGUCAUGCUCACUUUGCCUAUCUGUUUUGUAAGGCAAAGAUAGCCAUGUCAGAGCCUUUUUACUUAUAAAUUGCAUGGUGGAAUUUCCCACUUUUUUACGUAAUAUAUAGGAUACUAAGGCUAAGCACACCUGAGGAUUGUACUUUUGUUGAAAAAUGAAGCUGUAAAAAUUUGGCCAUUAUUGGCCAAAAACAGCAUAUGCCGAUAUUCUAUAUUGGGACGUGAACAUUUCAUCAUAAAAUGUUCCACUUUUAAUCUAAUACAUGGCAUACUAAGGGUAAAUACAAUUGAUGAAUGAACUUUUUGUUGAAAAAUGAAGCUAUGAAAAUUUGGCUUAUUUUGGUUAAAACUGGCAUAAGUACCUGAUUUUUCUUUUGGGACGUGAAAAUUUAAUCAUGAAAUUUUCCACUUUUAAAGUAAUAUAGAGCAUACUAAUGCUUAACAAAAUGGAGGAAUUCACUUUUUAUUGGAAAAUCUAGCUAUAAAAUGUAGUAAAUUUUGGCCAAGAACGGCAUUGGUAAAGUAUGCCGAUUUGAUCUUUUUGCUUCAAAUUUCAUGGUGAAAUUUCCCACUUUUAAUGUAAUAUAUAGGCUACUCAAACUCAAUACAACCAAGGAAUGCACUUUUUAUUUAAAAAUACAGCUGUAAAAAUUCGUUCAAUUUUAGCCAAAUACAGCAGAGGUUAGUAUGUCGAUUUUCUGUUUGGGACGUGAACAUUUCAUCGUGAAAUUUUCCACUUUUAAUGUAAUACAUGGCAUACUAAGGCUAAAUAUAAUAUAGGAAUUAACUUUCGUCCUAAAAUAAAGCUGUGAAAGUUGAGCUUAUUGAGCCUAAAAAUGGCACAGUAUGCCGAUUAACUUUUUUAUAUUAGAAAAUUUCAUGCAUGAAAUUCCCCACUUUUAAUGUAAUAUAUAGGCUACUCAGGCUGAACAUAACCAAGGAAUGCACUUUUUUUUGAAAAAAAGCUAUUUUUUUUAUCAAUUUUGCCAAAAAACGGCAUAGGUUAGUAUGCUGAUUUUCUUUUUAUGGACCUGAAAAUGUCAUCGUGAAAUGUCGCCAGCGGUGUGCUGGAGAGCCAAGCCACAACAUCUACAAAGUGCUGCUCACAGCGAGCAGCACCGAUGGAGGUCGUCACGGCACACGAGGGGGUGGGUGGCCAGCACCACGCCCGGCCGCCUUUGUCUCCCUAGUGGCGAUGUUUACACACCGCACCGGGUUCUCGUUUGACGCUGACAUUGCCACUCCCUUUCUGUCAACAAACUUGAACUCUGACCCCGCUCUCUGAAGUCACAGCGCAGCGUGACCUCAUCGGCGUCAAACGCCAUGGGGAGGUGUGCCUCGCUAGUGACGUAAUGUCACCUUCCCCGACCACCGCACUCUUGAGCGUGACGUCACCUCUGCUCGGCCACUGCCGAUUUCUGUCCCAGAGCCAAUCCUUAUUUGGGCAAAGCCACGCCUGGUAACUGGUGGCUCAUUAACAUAAUGUUUUGUGAAAGCCAUUGCGAGUUUAGACCCGCUCAUUGAGGGAGGGGAGUGUCAUCGUACCCCGCAAGUGACGUCGUGUCACCUGCUGCCGCGUGACGUCGCGAGGGACCAGGAAGUUGCCGCUCCGCCCGUGCACUUAAAUCCGAGGUGAGAAAUUCUCAUCGCGGUUGUGGUGGUUGUUGUCGUGGUGGUGGUUGUGGUGGUUGUGGUGGUUGUUGUUUACCGAGGUAGAGCCUCGCUCUCUCUCGUAGGGAUGUCAAUUGAGUAGCAGCGAGCAUGGAAGCGAUGUCCAGGUUGGAACUUAACAAAGCGGGGCCUUGCCUCCUGCCCUCGCCUGAUGGCGUUUGCUUCAAUUCUCUCGCUUAAGUUGAAUUUGUCUUCACCCGGCUCGCCACUUUGUAACUUUUACUUUAAAUAUUAACACAGUUUUUCUUUUUACCAGGCCAAGCCCGCUUGAGCUGCUAUACCGCUCUUGUUUUCAGAAGCGACCUGCCCACAACAACAACAAGGAAAUUUUACCUUAACCCACUUCUACAUGAGGAAGAUUUCGGCAACUCGGGAAGGGAAUGACGUGCUAUCGCUGCCUCUGCAGAAUUGGUCUGAUGGAGCAAAGGCACUCGGCGCGGCUCGGUGCAAAAAGGCAACAAGGCGACCGGUGUGCAUACAGCACGGAUCGUACUGAACAUUUGACACAGCACCAGAGAACUCACACAGGAGGGAAACCCUUCAAGUGUAGUGUGUGUGGGAAAACGUUUGCACGGUCAUCUACUCUUGUAGAACACCAGAGAACACACACGGGAGAGAAACCCUUCAAGUGCAGUGUGUGUGGGAAAACGUUUGCACAGUCAUCUACUCUUGUAGAACACCAGAGAACACACACGGGAGAGAAACCCUUCAAGUGCAGUGUGUGUGGGAAGGCGUUUUCACAUUCAGCUACUCUUGUAGCACACCAUAGAACACACAGGGGAGAGAAACCCUUCAAGUGCAGUGUGUGUGGGAAGGCGUUUUCACAGUCAACUAAUCUUGUAGCACACCAUAGAACGCACACGGGAGAUAAACCCUUCAAGUGCAGUGUGUGUGGGAAGGCGUUUGCAUAUUCAUCUGUUUUAAAAAAACACCAGAGAACACACACGGGAGAGAAACCCUUCAAGUGCAGUGUGUGUGGGAAGGCGUUUGCACAGUCAUCUGCUCUUGUAGUACACCAGAGAACACACACGGGAGAGAAACCCUUCAAGUGCAGUGUGUGUGGGAAGGCGUUUUCGCAGUCAUCUGCUCUUGAAAGACACCAGAGAACACACACGGGAGAGAAACCCUUCAAGUGCAGUGUGUGUGGGAAGUCGUUUUCACAUUCAGCUUCUCUUGUAGCACACCAGAGAACACACACGGGAGAGAAACCCUUCAAGUGCAGUGUGUGUGUGAAGGCGUUUGCACAGUCAUCUGCUCUUGAAAGACACCAGAGAACAAACACGCAUCAGAAGAUCCACAAGGAGUGGUGUCUGAUAUCAGCUUGUGAAAGUCAAAGUGCCGCAAUGAUCCCAUCCCUUAUCAAGCAAGAACCGGAAGAAAAUCCCAGCUUGGACACUUUAAAAGGAAUUGAGGUGAAAUAUGAAGAGGUGAAGGUGAAAUUUGAAGAAGUGAUGGUGAAGAGCCAAGAAGUGAAGGUAGAAUGUGAAGAUGAAGAUUCAAAUCCAAAAUCGGACCUUCACAUCGAUGGAGGCAAUGUGAAGCAGGAGGAGAAUUCUGACUGUGAGGCAGAGCGAGGCAAUUCCCAGCAGUUUGUGGAAGUGGAGGUGUGGGUGGACUUCCGAGAUAAUGCAAAGUCAAAUGCAGACCCGGUAGAUGUGUAAGCCUGAGACGAUGUCGCUCCAAUAGAUGUACCUUUGUUACAGGCUGUUAAUGACAAGAAAGAAGUUGAACACUCGGUUCCUAGGUUCAACCUGCAGGGUAAGAGUGGCCAGUCUUUGUGGACCUGUGGGUUGGGUAGAUCUCUAACCAGGAGCGAGAGCCAAUAAGCUCCCAAGCAUUCACUAUGUUAUCAUAAGUGCAUUUAUAUGGUGCUUGCUUAAUCGCCCCGGCAAUUCGGAGUUUUGUAUCGUAUCUCGUCUCAAACACUCGAAGAGCAUCCCCAAGUAGCAGCUGCCCCUGUGUGGCACAAGGUGGUGGCCCUGCACCGGCCUGCAUGUGAACAAGAGCCUGUUUGGAAUUUGCUCAAUUUUGACCAAUGUGUGCAGUUAUGAUAAUUAAGCUUAGUUUCAUCAUCCAGAGUUGUAUCAAUCAGGAUAACGAUUAUCUUUGAUUAAACAUUUACUGAUUAUCUUAGUGUGUUUAUGUUAUGUUAGGUCUCCAAAUUCAUAUCUUAACGCAGGUUACAGUUCUUAUGAAUAAGACAGUUUUGCAUGGACUUGGAAAGAAACACUCGACAUACUUCUGUUUUAAGCAAUUUUAAUUCUAAACAACAUAUGACACUAACGCGCAAAGGCAAAAGUAUUCGUCAAUACAUUCAUCGGCAAGAUUAUAUUUGUUAACGAAAUGUUUGACCAUAGUGGGUGGGUGCGUGUGUUCGUGGGAGAGCGUAUCUGGCUCUGCUUUAAUUAAUUCUUCAGCGAGACUAUGACAAAGAAACAGGUUUGACACGAUAUUCUCUCUCUGUAAACGUGUCGAUUCGCAAUGAGGAUUUCGAGAGUUUUAGUUUGCAUUGACGAAUCUAUUGGUCGUUUAUGCGAUAAGAGAAACGAAAAUGAAAAGGCAAGAAAAACUUCACACUCUUAUAACUGACGGAUUCUUAAUUACUCAGAGGGCCACGAUUCCUCACGGCCAGCUGGUGUUCAAACUUUAUAAUUAGUCUUCUGAUGAUUGUCUAGGUAGGGUUGGUCCCAUUGUGAGACAGGUGGAUUGUCUCUUGGAUAAAUUCUUGCAUGCCCCGGGGAAAGUAGAUGUGUGUGUGUAUGUGGCUAAAGCACAGCAAGUUGGCACAGUAGGGGGCACAGGUGGUGCAUCAGCCAGUCAUCUCGGUCAUCUCGGUCGGUCGACCCGUGGCACCUGGGUCUGCCCCGUGACCUCCUGCCAGCGGGCUUUCGACAAUUCACGUGGCCUCAAGGUGCACUUGGCCUGGCACAAGCAUCGUGGUGACGUCACCGCCACUUAGUGGCGAAUGGCGGUUGUUGUUGUUGUGCUUCCUUGAGUUUGUGAAUGGGAGAGGUGAUACGACCGACUCGGAGAUUUCCUCUCGCCCGUGCGGGUUGCAGCCGCGACUUUCUCCGCUGGGAGAUGAGCGGCGUCGGCCCGCUGCGGUUCGCGGAGAGGCUUGGUCGCGGGGUGGUGCUUGGCGGCCCUCGGCGCAGGCACCCGUACUCUGACGGCGCAGUGCCGUUCUCUAGCUCUGAUGGCGAGGUGACUCGUUCUCUCUACUGCUGGAUGACGAGUCGGUUCUCGUUGGUGAUGGUCGAUCUGUGUGUGCGUAUUAAACACAUGGCGUAUGCGCUGGCGCUGUCCUCUUCCUCGCGGCCAUUCGAUCAGGCUUUCCCCACUGCUUCGUGCUUUCUGCUUUGCUCGCUUGGUCGAUGCUUGGCGAUUUCCGCCCUUUCUCCAGGUUGCUUGCUGGUUGUCGCUCUGGCGAUGAACGAUGCUUUCGUUCAUUGCUGGGUGGACGUUGGAUGUCUUUGUUGGCUCGAGAAUGAUAACUGGAAUCUCCGUCAGUUUCAAUCGCAGUUCGGCGGCUCAGUGUAGCGAUUCUUCGUAGGUGGUGCAGACCUCAGCUUGUCAAUGCACGUCGCUACUCCGCGAACAUUGCCAUUGUGGAUGACGAGAGAGCUCCUUCGUAGUCAGUGACGAGACGAGAUGAGGCUGAGCCUCGGUGGGACGCUGACCCCCGGUGGUAUACCCCCCAUGGUAUGCCCCCGAUGGUAUACCCCCGAUGGUAUAUCGUUGUUGGGAUUUUGCCUCGGCUUAUAUCGGGAAAAUCCACUCUGUGUUUUUUUAGUUCAAAGGCCGGAACCAUAUAAUUCUUUUUUUUGUUUGUGUGCGUGGACACAUCUGUGUCCGUGUGUGUCGUGUGUGUGUCCGUGUGUGCGAUUUAUUGGAGGAAUAAGGUUCUUCAAAGAAGCAGCUGUCCGUAAUAAUUCUGGAAAGAGGGGUGGGGGUUUCCUCGUGAAACGUCGUUACGAGUCCUCAAACUAAACCAGACUGACGAUUCGCGUUCGCACCGAAAUUGCAAAAUCAUAACGUUUUGGGUUUGGAUUAUGAAUAAUAUUGGUCGCGAAAGCCUACGCGUUAAGCGAGUUCUAUAAUCCCUUCCCUCGCUCUGGGCGUUUAUCCUUUGUUUCACACAGCUUUAAGUUGUUCGUUUGGUUUGGAAGUUAAAAUGAGACUCACUUUGCUGCUUAGUAUUAUUGUGAUUUGAUUGUAAGUGAUUCAAGGUAUGUUGUAGCCGUGUUCACGGUAUUUCCAUCGUGGUUUGAUUUCUUUAUGGGGAGAUGUUAUUUGCUCGUGUGCGCAAAUCUUGCUGUCCGUGCUGCGGGGAGACAAAGACGGUCGGGCUCCCUCUCCCCACUCGCUGCAGUCCUGCGCCCGUACGGUGCGUGUUUUUUAUAUAGAGACAUCUGUUGAAUUCCUUUCUCAUGGGCACCUCCGCUCGCCAUGAAACUUUUUAUGAGGGCCAUUUCCCUGCUUUGUUUGUGCCUGCUCUGUGGCCGUUCCUCUCGGGAAGACAAAGACGGCUGUGAGCCCCCUUUCCCUGGAGUGUUGCAUGUUGGUUAAUUAUGAUAGACUUCUCCACCCUUAACUCUCCUAGGAGAUUCUCUCUAAUUUCAUACUUAUUUGGUUUUGUGUUUAUUCACGAUUUGUGACUUAGCCUGUUAUUAUUUUAUCUGAUAUCCCGGGGCUAGGGAAUGUGUUUUUGGCUUAGGAGUGACCCUGACUGCCAUAAUUAUUCUUUGAUGCUUCGGUCAGGCCGCGUAGAAAAUUAUUAAAGGGAAAUAAUGUCAGUAUUGAAUUAACAAAUGAGGAUUCACGACCCCCUGGUGCAGACUGUAGUCUGGUUUCUAAUUGGAGCGAGGAUAGAUAAUGUUUGCUUAAUUUUCAUGGUUAAGUUGGUAACUUUGUUUAACUAAUAUGGCUCAAAACCUGUCUGUUUUCUUGUUGCCAAUUCUAUUUUUUUUAGCCGUUAAGAAUAUAAUUAUAUUUAUUGUGGCGCCUGUUUCUUGUAUUGUGAGGGGGCCUUUUUGAAGUGUGCGUAUUGUCUUAAGACCCUCUUGCAAUUCCCCCCCCCCCUUUUCCUCUUGUGUGCAAUUCGGGGAGGUUUCAUGACAUUUUAUGGCUGUCUCUUUCAUGCUUUCUGGCCUUUUGAAGCGGUGUGCGUGCAUCUUCCCGUGGAAGCGGGGAACAAGGUUUUUAUUUUACUUUGUUUGCUACAAAGUUUCCCCCGUGUCUAUUAAAAACAAAUAUUAUUGGCAGAAUUAUUCUUAAUAUGAAUUUUUGAAAAAGGGGCAUAGAUACAACAAGGUGGCUUGCACUGAAUCAAUGACGCACUCCCAGAAGUCUGUGCUAGUUAUAGUUUGUGUAAAACAUUCCUUUGUUUUGUGGAGAGAUCGAUAAAUGAAAGAUGUCGUGUCUGCUGAUCUGCUUCAUAGCAAGGAGGUGUUCUAUAUGUUGGAAUCAUGAAAUUUUGAUAAAAAUAAAAACAUUUAAUAAUUCUCCAAAAAACGUGCAAAUCGCAUAAAUUAUGUUAAUGUGUGUAUAUGCAUAAAUUAUGAUAAUCACGGAGAUAAGCGUAGUAAUUUAUGCAAAUGCUUGCGAGUAUGUUAAAUGUGUGCAGUUAUGAUAAUUAGGCUUAGUUUUGUUUAUCCAGAGUUGUAUCAAUCAGGAUAACACGAUUAUCAUUGAUUAAACAUUUACUGAUUAUCUUAGUGUGUGUUAUGUUAUUUUAGGUCUCCAACUUCAUAUCUCAUCGCAAGUAACAGUUCUUAUGAAUAAGACAGUUUGGCAUGGACUUGGAAGGAACACUCGAUAUGCUUCUGUGUUAACAAUUUUAUUCUAAACAAACAUGUGACAUUCUAGCAUGCAAGUCAAAAACAUACGUCAUUAAAUUCAUGAGCAAGAUUAUGCAAUUAACGAAAAUGAAUGACAAACUUUUACUCGUUGGCGAGAUUAUGCAAUUAACUAAAAUGAAUGACUAAAACACAUUCAUUGGCGAGAUUAUGCAAUUAACGAAAUUGAAUGGCUAAAACUCUUCUAACAACCGUAAUUUCUACUUUCCCACCAGACAUCUCAGUAGUUCUCCCAUGUAUCGAGCACAACCGGCGACUGGCGGAGUUUUAAAACAGGCAUGCAACGAUAUUCAUAUUAAGGCAAUAAAAGCAACUUAUACCCCAGAGGCGAAAGUAUACGUCAAUAGAUUCAUCGGAAAGUAUAAAAUCCUUUUAACGAAGUGUUUGAGACAAGGGUGGGUGGAUGCGUGUUGAGAGAGAGUAUCGGCUCUGCUUUGAUUAAUUCUUGGGCGAGAUUCUAUGACAAAGAAACCGGUUUGACAAGAUAUUCUCUCUGUAAACGGGUCGAUUCGUAAUGAGGAUUUUGAGAGUUUUGAGUUUGCCUCGACGAAUAUAUUGAUCGCCUAUACGAUGAGCGGAACAAAAGAAAAAGGCAAGGAAAAUAACCUCACUCUUAUAACCGACGGACUUUUAAUCACUCUGGGCCACGAUUCCUCCUGGCCAGCUGAUGGUUCAUGUAAUUGAUAAUUAGUCUUCAGAUAAUUGACUAGGGUUGAUACGAUGGUAUGGGUGAAAUAGAUAGUCUCGUAGGUGAGUGGGGCGUCGAUGCGUGCGUGUGUGGGUCUAUGAGUGGGGGGAAGUUGUGGGUACGAACGACUUUCGGACAAGCACCCUCUUGCUUGCGCGGCUGCGGUGAGCGGUUUGCUUUCUGACUCCUCCCUCGGCUGACCCCGUACGGUGACUGACGGCGCGGCCGCGCUCGUUUGCGCGGGCAGGCGGGCACCUCGGCUUGGCGGCACGACAAAGGGGUUUAAGCUCGUUCACUCGUGUGCGGCAGGCGGGCACCUCGGCGUGGCGGCACGACAAGGGGGUUGAAGCUCGUUCACUCGUGUGCGGCAGGCGAGCACCUCGGCUUGUCGAUGCACGUCGCUACCCCGCGAACCUCGUCCUUUUGGAUGACGAAAGAGCUUUGUUGGCGGCGACGAGAGGAGAUGGAGGCCGAAGCCCCGUGGAGAUCUGUGGUGGGGCCGGAGUCCUGAAGAUCUGAGUUGAAUGGAUUUUGCCUCCGCUUAUAUGGGAAAAAUCCACUCGGUUUCCUGAGUUGUUCAAAGGCCGGGUUAUAUAUCUUUUUGUGGGGGUGAACACAUCUGCGUCCGUAUGUGUCGUGUGUGUGUUUAUUAGUUUUAAAGACACAGCUGUGUAAUUCUGGAAGGAGGGGUGGGGGCUUCUUCGCGAACUGGUGCCCCACACGAGUUAUCCAUUGAACCAGACCGACGAUUCGCGUUCGCACCGAGGUUACACAAUCACAAUACGCGUCUCCGAUUAUAAACAAUAUUUGUCGCGAAGACCUACGCGUUAAGCAAGCUUAAUGAUCCCCUCCCUCGCUCUGGGCGUUAUAUCCUUUGUCUCACACAGCGUAAGUUGUUUUUUUUGGUUUGGAAGUUGAAAUGACUCAUUCGGCUGCCUAGUAUCAUUGUGAUUUGAUUGCAAGCGACCCAAGGUAUGCCGUAACCGUGUUCCCGGUAUUUCAUCGUGGCCCGAUCUCCCUAUGGGAAAUGUUAUUUGCUCGCGUGUGCAAAUCUUGCUGUCCGUGCUGCGGGGAGACGAAGAUGGCCGUGCUCCGUCGUCGGAGCACCCUGCGCGUGUGUUUAACUCAAAAACGUGAACACCCUCUCCUCUCUCCGUGUCUCUUGCGAGAGAAAAACAAACAAGAAAAACAGAUGCUCUCGGAAUGUCAGGCACAGACCCCCCCCCCUCCUGCGUGGGUCAUCCCGAGACCAGGCCCCGCCAUACGUUUUUUUUUUAUGGUACGCGUGUGUUUGUGCCAACCGCUGGAAGACAAAGGUGGUCGAGGAGAUUUAUGCAAUACAUUUAUGUGGUCCUGUGUGUUACAUUUAUUCGUGAUAUUUCUUAUGAGUUCCCUCGGUCUUAGUAUAUCGUGAUUAUUAUUCGGUCUAUGUUUAAUGAAUAUUCGUGAUGAUCCUCGUUACAUCAUUAUUUUGAGGGUUCUGCCAGGUUUAGUUAUGCGUUUGUCUCCAGGGAUUGGUGUUUAUUCUGAGUUAUUUUUAAUGUCUUGAGGUUAAGUGUAACUAAGUUCCCACUUAAGCUUUCUGGGAUUCGUAUUCUUUAGUUUUUGGUAAGGUCAUGUAGAUAGAACAUACAAUAUGAUAUAUAUGUACGGUGAAUACGAGUAAUAUAAGGGAAUAUCUAAUAACAAGCCCCUAUUGUUUGCUGGUUAAUUCUUUUUGUUAAGUUUCUACUUUUCGGUAAGGAAAACGUUAAAGAAAACGCGAGUUGCAACAGUUUUUCUCUGCUCUGCACCUUAUCCGUGCAUCUCCAGAUGUUUUGGGAGGUUAGGCCAUCGACCUUUUGUCCAUCUGGAGGUCUCUGACCUCUAUGUGCCCGAAUUAUUACCGUUUAAUGGCCCUCCCCGUUUCACAGAUUCCUGGUGUGCUUGUGAGGAGUAGUGGGUUGUUUUCAUUAUUUAAUUUAAAUAUAUAUAGAUAUAUAAAAAAACAAUUUUUUUUUUAUUGUUCUUAAUAUUAAUAACGGAAAACAGGGCAUAGAUACAACAGAGGUAAUUUUAAAAGCAGAUUUGAAAUGCAUUUUUGGUACAGAUUUGUAUUCGGUUACAAGGCAGAGCACAUAUAGUAGAUGCAUUCUGCACAACAACACUCAUUCGUAUUUUGCAUGACGUCUUAUAUGUUGGCGAACUAGGACAAUAAAUGGUCCUUGCCAAUUAACGUGUGGAUAUUCACAACCAUGGGUUGAAGCGAGGGGCGCCGCAGGCGGUCCUGCUUAACUAUUUACGGCUUUCGGCCAGGAAAAAAGUCACGAAAAAAAUUGCACACGAACGACGCAUUCACGCACACUCCCGAUGCUCUGUUUUGAAGUUUUAAAAUGAAACAACUUUGAACUGUUAUUUUUUAAAUUAGAUAAUUGUAUUGAUUAAAAGCUUAUAUCAUUUCACAUCUGGAAGACUUAAUUGAAAACGACAUUUGGUGUGAAUGUUCUCUUGUCGUGAGGUAAAUGGCCUUACCGGGGUUCGGUUCGAUGCAGACUUGGUUGGGAUCACGGAAUCGAGAUAAGGCGACACAGAGCUGGCCGUGCCAGAAGACCGCCGUCUGCAGAUCGAUUCCAACGUGAUCGAACGUCUGUCCCUGCGCCUCCGUCGUUCAAGCAGGGGGCACGUAGGUUUACAGCGCCCCCUGCAUGAAAACGACAAAGUGCAGCGUUCGUCACAGUUAAAGUAGUGUGUUAUAUAUAAAUGUCAUUUUUUGCCUGCCUGUGUGUUCACGCGCUUGCGAGGGAUUUGUCUCUCUAACAGUGGGGUUUACGAAAACGAUUUGCCAGGUACCACGCUGUAAGCCCUGCGGUUGGCAAGCACUAUUCCUUUUUCACAUCCGUCACCUUUAAAUUAGUUUAAUUAUCGAUUUUUUGCGAUAUUUCAUUAUUUAUGUAGUUUUGCCGCCCGCCGCGGGACAACGCAUGCAAUUGAAUCCCUAGCAACGCACACACGAUCGAUAAAACUUUUCAUUUGCGUUAACAAUGGUUACAAAAUAUACACACAACGCUUAGGUUCAUUCUUCACAGUCUUAUGUCCCCCCCACCCCAAUGCAUGCAGUUACUGCUAUAAAGUCCGUAGAUAUUAAUAUUAGAGCGCUUAGAUAGCAUUAUUGCAGCGUGGGUGGGGAGAGCGGCCCAGCCCCCAGCCUGGCAAUGUGUCACCUCCUCCGGCUUAGCAAUCUAGGUGAGGCCGCUUGCUCUGCACGGGACUAGGCCUCACCACGGCAAUGUAAAGUACAAUUUUAUUGAAUCUUUCGCUAAGAACUCAGGCUUAUUGUUUACUAUUAUGAAACCAAUAAGUUGGCAAAUAUUACAAUAAUAAUGUUUGUGUGCAGAAAACUAAUAUUUCAUUAUUUGGUUGCUAAAUAUUUUCUUGUUUAGCUGUGAUUUUAUGAAGCUGAGACGGUGUACUGCCAAUCCGUGCUGUUGCCUGCUGCCUGCUCAUUAAUUACAGUCAGUGCACUGGCACCAUUUUGGCGAAUUGCCCAAUGAUGCUGGAUGUAAUUAUCAGCGAAACGUCGUACUCAAAAAUUGUAAACGUGAAUUCACUCUUCAACACACCGGUAGGCUAAAGUAGGGAACUUUUUGUCUUUGUCAACGUGACACUUUUUUGCUGAUUGGCCGUGUCGGGUGGUGGAGGGUUACGACACAUUUAUACAUAACGCGAUCUAACCCAACAUUUUUUAUAAUAAAUGAUAUUGGUCGCGAAAGCCUACAUGUUAAACUAUCUACACUGCUAAUUUUGCUUUUGGGCAUUGAUUGUAUGCCAGUCUAUAAUCUGUUGCCUGCUUCUUUACCUCACUCAGUGUACUGCCAGCCUUUCAUGUCGACUGUAUCCUGCUUUUUUAGCUGCUGACCAUAUUGCCAGCUUUUUAUGUCUACUGUAGAAAUGCUUAUGUCAUUGAGUCGGCAUACUGGAAGUUUAUAAUCUAGACUGUACCCUACUUCUCAACUUACCUGUACGUACUGCUGCUCUUUAAUGUAAGCUUAUUUCAUCUUUCGAUUUAAAGCUUUCGUGACUGCAGGGAUUCAUCUUCUUGGUACUUUCGGUAAAGUCACGUAGAAGGGAAGUGAUAAAAUAAUAAAAAUAAAACAUAAUAAAAUAAUUCUCACGACGUUUCGGCCACAACGCAAGCAGCCGUCCUCAGGUGAAGAACAUGUCUGUCGAUAAGACAGAGUCUAAAUGACACGUCUUAGACUUGGAGUGUCUAUUUAAGCUGUGAGGGAGGAGGAAGAGAGCCUUGACAAAAUAAUUUGCAUUUGAAGAGGAAUUUAGCAUAUUUAUGGGAAAUGCAGGAAUGCGAAUAGUGCUAAUUGUGAAAUGCGUGGGAGGUGGGCGGGGGGUUUUCAAAG